UCCCCGGUGUGUGGGUCUGUGACAGGGUCCAACGGGGCCUGGUCAGUGUCCGGCACCCCAAGUCUCCCGUCCCUGCCCCCAGGGUGAAUCCGGACGCUCCCGGGGCUCGCGGUGAGACGAAGGCAGUGGUCGCAGGGGAAGGGGUGGUGUCCGUGUCGCUGCGGCCCGCGGGGUCCCCAGGCCCGCCCGGAGCAGGGCGCCGGGACGCGCCGGCCCCGACUCCGCUUCCCCGGGGACCCCACCCCCCAGCGGGCCCUGCGUCGGGGGAGGAAAAGGGCUGCGGUUCUGGUUCUGUGACAGCGCCCGGCUCAAGCACUUCAAAGCUCUGCCCCACAGCGCUGGCAUCAGCUAAAGUCAGAAUUCCCAGGAACUUGAACAGAGGCUGCCAAGUUCCCAAUAAUUGCUACUCCGGCCUUUUAGAGACCAACUCUAAGAGAAAGAAGGGAAGACUCCAGCAGUGCUUCCUCAUUCUCAUUCAAAACCUGCUUCCUGCUGACUCUGCAAAUAGGAUACAGAGACCUGAGCUUCUAGCCCGACCCAUGGAAACUCAGGCUGAUCAAGUAUCUCAGGAACCUCAGGCCCUGCUUGAGAGUGCUCUUCCUUCCUCAAAAGUUCCUGCAUUUUCCAACAAGGACAGUCUGGGGGAUGAGAUGUUGGCAGCCGCACUCCUAAAGGCCAAGGCCCAGGAGUUGGUGACCUUUGAGGACGUGGCCGUGUACUUCAUCCGGAAGGAGUGGAAGCGUUUGGAACCUGCUCAGAGGGACCUCUAUAGGGAUGUGAUGCUGGAGAAUUAUGGGAACGUGUUCUCGCUGGAUGGUGAGACCAGAACUGAGCACGAUCCAGAAAUUUCUGAAGAUACAGGAUCACAUGGGGUGCUGUUGGGAAGAUUCCAGAAGGAUAUUUCUCAGGGUCUUAAGUUUGAAGAAGCUUUUGAACAAGAAGUCAGCCUAAAGAGGCAGCUGGGGAGCUCCUCUGGAAAGAGACUGAAUAGGAAGAUACAGGAUUUGGGUCAAGUGGCCGUUGAGGAAAAGCGAACCCCCAUGGGAGGGAGAAGUGAGAAAUACAGCAGUCUGGGGAACAGCUUCACUGUGGGUUCCAGCCUUAUCUCCCAGCAGAGACUUCCUGUGGGGGACAGACCCCACAAGUGUGAUGAAUGUAGCAAGAGCUUUAAUCGAACUUCAGACCUUAUUCAGCAUCAGAGGAUCCAUACCGGGGAGAAGCCCUAUGAAUGUAGUGAGUGUGGGAAGGCCUUCAGCCAGAGCUCACAUCUCAUUCAGCAUCAGAGGAUCCACACUGGGGAGAAGCCUUACGAAUGUAGUGACUGUGGGAAGACCUUCAGCUGCAGUUCUGCUCUCAUCCUCCACCGGAGGAUCCACACCGGAGAGAAACCCUAUGAAUGUAACGAGUGCGGGAAAACCUUUAGCUGGAGCUCCACCCUCACUCACCACCAGAGAAUCCACACUGGUGAGAAACCGUAUGCUUGUAAUGAGUGUGGGAAGGCCUUCAGCAGGAGCUCCACCCUCAUUCAUCACCAGAGAAUCCACACUGGAGAGAAGCCCUAUGAAUGUAAUGAGUGUGGGAAGGCCUUCAGCCAGAGCUCACACCUCUAUCAGCACCAGAGGAUCCACACUGGAGAGAAGCCCUAUGAAUGUAUGGAAUGUGGAGGGAAGUUUACCUAUAGCUCAGGCCUUAUUCAGCAUCAAAGAAUCCACACAGGGGAGAACCCCUAUGAAUGUAGUGAGUGUGGGAAAGCCUUUAGGUACAGCUCAGCUCUUGUUCGCCACCAGAGAAUUCACACUGGAGAGAAGCCUUUGAAUGUAAUGGGAGUGAGCAAAAGUUCUCUCCGAGUUACUGCUGAAUUAAAUAUCAGAGAGUCUACGUGAAGGACAGCCACACACCUGUUUUCCUCACUUCCUCUGAGUCUCAAGAGUUCCUGCCUUACUAUCUUAAGUAUGAACAACUUAGGAUAUGUCCCUUCCGACUCCAACCUUUCACCUUAGAGAAUGGGGCAUUUGGGGCAAAUCGUCCUGGCACAGUGAUUAGCAACCUAGUCAGUUUCCCAGGGAAUGAUACCAGCCUUGAAAAAUUAGGGUGCAAGCAACAGAUUAAGUGCUGGGAGUAGAGGGGAGCUCUGGGACCAGUCUCCUUCCAUUUGGGAAGGGAGUUUGCACUAGACCAUUUUUCUCACACCAGAGGAGCCUUUCUUUCCACGAUGGGGAUGGAAGCACAGUAGGAAUAAAAUUCCAAGGAUUCCUCUAGUUGGGGUCAGCAAAGCACAGAAGAAAGUGGAAAGAAUGUUCUGGGUUGUGUUUUUGCUAGGAAGGGGAAAUGGAGGCUGUAUUUUAAAGCCACUGCUUCUAAUCUAGCUUUAAAUUUUGAUAAGGAAUGUGCUAUUUUGUUUCAUAACUUCCUUAAUUAUGGAAAUCUGGUGCUGGGGAAUUUAUUUUGUUGGGCAUGGGGGAGGACCCUAAGAGAGGUUUUCCAUAGUGACUGUAUCCUUCAGGGCUGUUGGAGCAGCAAGACCAAGUUUCCAAAGAGCAGUCUGAUAAUUUUGGUGGAGAACCCACACUUCCCUUUUUUGACAGUAAGUCUGACAUGAGGGAAAGGAUCAAAGGCAUUUAGCACUGGGCUCUCUUUCCUCCCCUCCUCUCUCCCUCUUCCUCGUGCUACUCCUGUGAUGGAAAGUGAUUUAAUCUGACCCCCCUAGCUGUUAAGGAUGCUUUUAGGAGCUCGCUCAGCCAGCUUGCCCUGCCCUCUGAUAUCUGUGACCUAUGACAUUGGCCCCAGCCCAGCCUCUCCCGACCCCACCUCUGACUUCAACAGCCAAGUGUGAAUGCUGAGAGCAUAGUCCAGAGGAGGAAGCUUGGGCCUGAGCCUGGCAGCAGGGUCCCUUGCUGGGGUAGGAUGGAGCGCCCCAAGUUUUCCCAGCAGAAGGGAUGACCUUUCAUUAUAUUUUCCCAAUCCUGCUCAUCCUGUAGCAUAAAUGAAAUGCACUAUUAAACAGAAUAGUUUUUCAGAAGGACAGAUGGAGUGUUUGUGCAGGGGCCAGAUUUAUUUCAGUUUAAACAAGAAACAGUGACUAUAAAUAGAAUCUUUAAAAAUUAAUCUUUAAAACUUUACAGACAACCGUUUCCCUUCUAGUCUUGAACCUGUAACCUCUCUCCCUCGACUCCAUCCUUUCCUCUGCACACUGCACACUGCCACAGACUAUCUUGUCUACACAGCCACUUACACGUCCAUGCCCACCUUUAGGAUUUGAUGUGUGGCAUGUCCUUCUGUGUGGUAUGACACUUAACACCAGCAACCAAAACCAGAAAAGCGUUCCUGAGUAUGGGGUCCUUGACAAGCGCCUACCUGGAUGUUGGGUAACAACGGGCAUAUUGAGGGCCUUCCCUGGCGGUCCAGUGGUUGGGACUCGGCAUUCUUACUGCUUGGACCCUGGGUUCCAUCCCUGGUCGGGGAACUAAAAUCCCACAAACCUUGUGGCAUGGCCAUAACCACACCACACCACACCACAACAGGCAUAUUGAGAUUUCUUGGUUUGGCUCUUGGUGGGAGGUUACAGUCGUGGAGAGGCUGCAAUGCAAGUCUGAUGGAAAAGAUGAGCAAUGUCUGGAACUCUGGCCUCUGAAAAAUUCUGGAUCAUAUAUUGUGAUUGACUACCUAAUAUGUUUUUAAUCUCUUAAAACUACCAUGAAACUCAUCAUUUUUGGCUCUUCUUUGACACCCACCACCAACUUGAGAUUGACUUUGUUUCUCCAAGUGUAGACCGUGAACUCUUAUGGCAGGGUCACUAGGCUGCUUGUUGGUAAUGCAGGUGUUUGAGCCCCAAGUCAGACCUAUAAAGUAUAAUCCCUGAGGCUAGAGCCUAAACAUUUACACUGAAAAGAAACAGUGAUGAAAUGGAGAAAAUUUCUAGGAGAUAAACUUGAGCCAGGCCUUAUAAGACCUGUGUGGUAAAGUAGAGGAGGUCCCAGGCAGGACAGUUUGGGGCGGGCCUGUGCCUGGCUACUCAUGUGCAGGCUCAGUUAUGAAGUUCCAGGAAAGACCCCUGAACAGGCAGAACUGCUGGGUGAUGGGCUGUCACUGCACGGGAGGGCUCAGCCCCUUCUGACCCCACCCCUAGAAGACUUCAUGACUGUCACUCCUCAGAGCAUCUCAGGGGGACCUGAGACUAAGGGCCAUUGCAUAAAAAAUGUUUUUAAAAAAUAUAUCUUUGUAACAGCUAUGACAUCUGAUUCACUUGAUUCUCCUGUGUUUCCUCUUAGCUCCUAACUGAGCAUUCCUUACUGUUCAGUCAUGGUAUCAAUGGUCUCUAUGCCGUUAUCCUUGGAACCCAUUUACUCCCAUUGCCUCAGCUGUUAACCUCUAUUAAAUUAAGUUUUAAAUCUGCACAUGGGGUACUGAUCUCUCCCAAGCUUCAGUCUCGGGUCUGUAGCAGACUGUGGGGCAUUUACACUUGGGCCUCUUAAAAGUUUCAAAUUAUUUGCUUCAAAUACAUUUUUCCCCCAUAAACUGCCCCAGGUUUUCUGUAAAGCUCUCCUGGUCAAAACUUAUGAGUUUUCUUUAAUUAUUCUCAUCUUCCUACAUCUGACCAGUGUCAGGUCCUGGGCACGUUGCGUAAGCAGGGGGCGGAAAGACAGAUUGUUGUCAGAGGGGAAGGUUUCAGAGUUGAGGUCAUGGAGAAGUGGGAUUUCCCAGGUGAAGGUAGUAAUAGCAGUGGACUCCUGGCCGUUUCCCAAGUGGUGUUCUUAUAUUAAAUAUCAUUUAAUCCUCACAACAGCCUGUGUGUGAGGCAGGUGUUAGUAGUAACCCUGUCUACAGAAGAGAAAACAACUAAAUUUGCCCAGGGCAUAGCCUGCCUGGAUGCCUUGGAUGUGAGGUGAGGAGGCCCUGUGAAGAGUAAACCUCAUCCAGGCAAUUGCCUUGACCUGUCAAUUAUAAGUCUACCAUCUUCCUAGUUCCUCUUCUGUGUUUCCAUUGCCGCAAACCCUAGAGUUCAGGUCCUUAUGACUUCUCUGGAUUAUAUAAACAGUCUCCUAAUGGGUUAGUAUAUUUAUUUUCUCUCCAGUUAAUCUCCCCAAAGUGCUAUACCCAUCUUGUCAUUCCUUUACCAAAAAGUUUCAGUGUCUUCCUUCUUAAAAUUCAACCUCCUUAGCCAUAUAGUCAAGACUUUCCUUCAGCUGGUGUCUACAUAUCUCUACAGCCUUCUCCCUUACUGCUCUUCACACAUCUGAAAACCAGAUGAGUAGUAGCUAGAUUUUAUUCAGAACUAUUAUAGGGGAAAAGAUACCUCAGUGUAGAACCAGGCUCAGUUUGGAAUACCACAUGGCCACAUGGGAAUUUAUAGCU